AUGGGUAGCAGAGGGAAAGCGUCUUCGCCGACCCCAGGAUUUUCAGCUAGGCCCGAUGAUGCCAAUCAAUCCGCGGAAUGGUUGGCAACCAAGCCAAAGUAUCCAUUUCUUACGACUCGGUUCUCGAACGAACGCGUUGCAAGUCGAUGUGGCGUUCACACCAUCGGCCACGGGAAAGGGAGGCGGGGUAUUUGGACCCUUUCAGACCAGGUCUCCGUGUAUAUGAGAGGCCCAAAGGACUGGGAGCAAAUCAAGUCAUGGAACAGCCACAUCGAUUUUGAGAGUACGGAACAGAUAGCCCCUAAGAGAGCGUUCGGAUCUGACGGCCACGACGAGGACCAUCCGGCGACAUAUCCGCCACUGGCAUAUCCAACAUCUGCUUACCCGCCUAGCAGGCUCAUACGAACCUGGGACCUCCAAAGAUAUCGCAUACCAAGAGAUUGGAUGCCAGAAUGGAAGGCGCCAGAUCCAUUUCCUACACAGACAGAUAAGGCAGACGGAAAUAAACCUAGAGCGGAUACGAGGGAAGGACUAGAGAGCAAGGGCGCAGACGCCACGGGGUUGACAUCCAAAAUUGAUAAUGAGCCGGUCGACACUGGAGGGUCACAUGAGAAGCAUGACUCUGUGACUCUGGGUCCCACUUCAUCUCUUGACACUAUCAUGCGAGAUGACGACCAAGAGCCCACGAAUAAGGAGGCAGAAAGCUCGGUGAUUAGAGCAGACAUAGGCGGCGAGGCAGUCAAUACUGGAUUGCUAGGUAACGAAGAUAACGUUCCAAGCAUUGUCAUUCCCAGGACUUCGCCAGACACUAUUCCAAAGAACAAUGAAGCUACGAGGUCAUCGUUCGCAGUCAUAGAAUACACCAAUCACGACAAUAUUGGCCAUCCGAGUGAUAAGGAUGACACCCCUUCAAUCAAGGUGGCCACAUCACCGCCCAGUAUUACCCCCAAGAUCAUCGAAGAUUCAAAGCCAGCAUCUGGCUCAAGCAUGAACAAGAAGUCAUCAGAUCUCAAAGGGUCAAAUCGUUGGUCCAACGUGCCUGCGAGUGACUUGACUCCCACAGUACCCAAGAGUCUGCCCAGCACCAUCGGAAGUGCAAGCCCAGUAUCUCAUGCAACCGUUCCAGAAGAUAACGCAACCGACACAAGGUUGCCAAAAAAUGGUCCUGCAGUCGAGGUGACUACCUCAGUACCAAAGUCUCUCCUCAACACUAACGAAAUGGUAACUCCGAAAUUAAGUUAUGCCGAUAUCUUGAAAUCAACAACAGCCGCGACUACGGUACUGAAUAGCACGAACAAAAAUCUAAUCAAUGGCACUAGCCCAUCCUUCAGCACUAUUCCAGAAAGACAGAAGCCCAGUUAUACAACAUUAAAAUCAAAAACAGGCCAAGGGGAAAAGAGCAAGAUCACGAGUGACGGUGGGAACAAGGGUUCUGCGAUUGAGGUGACCACCACAGUAUCAAAAGCUGUUCUCGGGGCCAAAAAGCCCGCACACCUAACAUCCAAUACUAGGACUGAGAAGGAGGAAACAAGUGGUACUUGGGGUGGGAAGAGUGGCAAGAGUAAUGUUCCUGGGAUCGGGGGUAGUACUUCGGUGUCUGCAAAGACCAUGCAGCACGAUAUCAUAAGGCGUGAAACCAAUGAGCCCAAAGCGCCAAUAUCUGGAGAAAACGAUAACAACCCAAUCAGGAAGAUGGUAGCGGUUGAUAAGCAUAUCGUUCCUGGUAUUGUGACGACUGCCGCAGUGCCGGAGACUGGCGCUGGACAUGAUUCUAUACAGGUCGAGAUAAAGGAGACUCUAACAUCGGCAUCUGGAGACAAUGAAGACAAUAGAGCCAAGCAUAUACGGGAGACCGAGGAUGCCAUUCCGAGCAACGAAGUAGACGCCUCAAUGCUCGACACGAUUGCUCAGCAAGGAAAAUCGAAUCCCGAGACGACAGAGGCCAAUAAUACGAUUCCUGAAAACACGAACAAUAAUACAAACGUAUCCGUGCCACCUGGAGAUGAGAAUACUGCAACCGCGAUUGAGAUCACUACUACCUCGCCGGUCGACACUACAUCUCGGCACUACUCCAUCGAUGAUGUUGGGACCGAAGAAACACUAGCUUCUGAGCUAAAGUUUCCCAAUACUCAAGGUUUUGAGAUUUCUCACAAAAAGACUCCUGCACAUAUCGCAGACAUGGCUGGAAACGCGGAUUGUCGAGAGAACAACACUAUGGAGCAAUUGAGUACUCACUUGUCUGGACUUUCUGUCGGGCAACCUGAACCGCUUCAGCAAGACGAGACGAUAGCGGCCGACCAAGCGCAGGACGAAAAUGCGGAUGAAAGCAGCAAGUCGAAGAAGAAGAGAAAGCCGAAGAAGAAGAAGAACAAGUCGUCGAGCGAGGCUGUUCCCGAAGUGCAAUUUGAGGGUCCCUAUGCGGAUGGUCAGUUCACCAAACUCGUUUUUCCCCACACAUCAGACCCUUACAAGAUUUUGCCUUUCUUUAUAGUCGAGAUUCUUGAUUAUGCUUGUCGUCUCAAUAUCCCAAAUAUCUCGGGAUAA